CAUCGUCUCUUUUUCAUUUUUUCCCCGCUGCCUCUUUACCAACCAUGGAUCCAGAAGACACAAGCUACCUUGCAAUGAUCAAUAACCCUGCCAUUAACCCAGCAUCGUCGAAUGACGAUGCAUCGCCUUCAAAUUCCAAGUCAUCCAUCACAACCCAAUCGGCUACCUUUGACGAGGCGGUAGCGGCGCGGCAGCAGCUAGACAAGGUGGCUUCGGACCUUUGUCUUGUAUCCGAAACGGAUGCCUCCUUUGAACCGUUCAGUGUACCUUGGUCCAAACCAUCACUGCCUUACACCGAUCCCAAGGAUGCGUACGGACAAGCGACUGGGUUCAGUACGUUGCAGAAUACGCUGGAGAUGCUUUUUGGUGCUGACCAAGUCAAGGUGUACCUUUGCGGUGAAGUCACUGUAACCGUGAUUAUUGUGGGAGUCGUGAACUCCAGGGACAAGAACGAAACCGCGUUGGUGGGGCUUAAAAGUACGCUGGUGGAAACCUAAACAAUAUGCGGAUCGACAUCCAGUGGAACCAAAGUGGUUUAUCCCAUGAGGAAUACAAACAUUUGAAAAAAAAAAAAGCCAAAAUAUGAUGCACGGCGUUCUAUAUGUACAAAUACAUAAACAGCCACAUGCAUACAGACACAGCUUGAAAUACACACGCAACCACUCAAUUUUUUUUUUCCUCCACUUUAAUUCAAAAGAACCUUUUUUCCCUUUUUUCCUUUGAUUUCCCCUCUUUCUCU